AUGCUAUCAACAUCACCAACAACAACAACAACAACAUUGGAACAACCAUCCAACAUCUUUUCUGAACACAGAGAUCUCUGUGGUGAUGACGAGAACUUGAUGGGAGACUUUGAUUCUUCUCCAUUAUUGUCAUCCUCUCAUCAUCAUCAACUUGAAAGUGACUCUGAAAGUGUUCAUGAUGAAAAGUCUUCCUCAAAGAAUGGAAAGAAGAGAAAGGGCUACUCGAAAGAGAUUACCAAAGUGCUCAAUGAUUGGUUCUUUGCCAAUCUUCAAAACCCAUAUCCAAGUGAAGAGGAAAAGAAAGAAAUGGUCAAUCAAACGACAUUGUCUCUUCUCCAAAUCAACAAUUGGUUCUCCAACAAGAGAGUUCGUUACAAGAGAAAGAUGCAAAAAGAAGGUCAAGAAGUCAUUGAUGGAGGUGUUGUGAUUGACAUUAAUCAAGCAUUUCGUUCCAUCAAGAAACAAAAUAAGGGAGAAAAGAAGGAAUCCGUUUCAGACUGUGAAAAUACUUGUUCCACAGCUCCUCCAAAACGAAAGAGAUCGACUGCCUCUAAGGACUCUUCAUGUCAAGCCAAGAAGAAGAGACCAACUCCAUUGAGCAAUGUGUUCAAUCAUGGAAAGAUGGUGUCUGUGACAUCCGAGACAUUGACUCCAACACCUUCUUCUGAGCCAAAGAAUGUUCUCAGUUCACUUCUUGAAUCACCAUCCAACAAGAAUUUGAAUGGUUCUUCAGUUCGUGUAUUAUUACGUUCACCCAUUUUGACAAGUCAGACAACGACCCAGACGACCCAGAACCAUCUGUGUUCGUCAUUAUCCCCUCAACCCAAUUCGUCAUACACUUCUCCAACCAUGUCCGUGCAACAUUCUCCAAAGAUGAUGACUCCUGACGAGAGAUCUCCAUGCUCUUCCAACACUCUGGACUCAGAGUCCACAAGUCAACAACCAAAGAAAAUUGACUUUUUCCAAUCGUUGCAACAAGCAGGUGUCAUUUUCCCACAAACACCUGUCAUUCCUGUCAUUCCAUCUUCCUAUCCUCAAUAUGCCUUUGUACAUCAUCACCAUGCUGCUGCUGCAUAUUAUCCUGUGAAUGGUGGUGACGUUCAUGCUACCUCAACACCAUCACCUACAUCAUCUCCCUAUCAAUAUUCGUAUCCAAUUUAUACGACAACUCCUGCUGCUAUUCCAACCACUUUCUAUCAUCAUGCUUCACACACUCCAAGUACCUCCACGUUCAUGAUACCAAAGGAAGAAGAAGGUCUCGAAAUUGGAUGUGAUGCCUCAGAUGUGGAACGAAAUGAUGCCACUUCAUGCUUUGAAUUGGAAGAUAAUUGUCUUGAAGAUUCUACAGUAUUGACGAGUAAUUGCAAUCAUGAAAAUUAUUCAUGUCAAGACAAUACUUUUAACACGACUGACUUGUUUGAAUCGACAGCAGAGAAUGAAGAAUGUCUUUUCCUUGAUGGUGGACGUGAUAUGUCAUCCGCUUCAUGGAUGAACUCAGCCGAGGAUUGCAGCCUUCUCUACUUUUAA